CUCCAGCCUGUCACAAGUAGGCCUGUGGUACGUUAUGUGAAAGUAAAACUUUGAAAGUGGGGAAGGAAGAUCGAAACAGACUGCCGAGGUACUGCUGGAGUGCUGCAGGACGUGAAGCGAUGUCACUGAAGAAUCAUCCAUAACUCUACCAGAAAUGCAAAGGCGUUAAGCGUAUUGCAGUGUGAAGCAUAAAGGCAGAGUUAUGGACAGGAAACACAAGGAUUUCAGAAACAUGGCCUCAAUUGGUACAUCUUCUCUCCCCCUUUGUUGAUGACUGUGUAUAAAAAUGAUCCAUUUGUACUGAAGGAAUGUCCAUUCUCAAGAACUUAUUGGAAGAUGACCACCAGCCUUUCAUGUUAAUCUGCUGACGUUGACCAAAACUAUUUGGAGCCAAAUUGCCUUCCAGUUGAGGACUCUUUCAAAUAAAAUGUACCAUUGCUGAUACUACCAUGACAUAGCGAAGUAGCAAUGGGUAUCUCCUGAGGAAAUUCCAAAAUGGACAGUAAUUCUCACAACUUCCCUUCAGAGAAUUACAAGAAGACAGCAAAGAAAGCAGGUCCGCAGAACAGGAGGUUCUACAACAAUUCCUCUCCGUCAUACUCCGUGGUGUCUCCCAAAGGGAAGUCACAGACAGGCAGACCUGCAACAAAGGACUUUACGGUGACAAGAAGGCAACCGUUCUUUUGCAGUCCUCAUCCUUCAGACAGUAGAAUCGACUGGACUGAAUUUCCAAGUAAGCUUAAUGAGAACAUUCAUCUUCCCCCGUUAAACACCAAUCAAAGAUACAGAUCAGGAACCUUCAAUAACAGCAUCAAUACCUUUGAGCCAAUUUCAGAUGAAAAUUGUGUAUAUGAGAAUUUGGAUUUUUACUGGAAACAGCCGUACUUUCACGCACAUGCCCAGAAUACGAUCACCUACACAACUCCAUCUGAGCUCUUUGUAAGUGAAGACAGACGAAAGACACUGAGUAAGGACACAACAAAAAUGUCCGAUUCAUCAAGGCCCUGGCCUCCACCACUCCCUGCAAAGUUUAAAAGGGAAAGGUUUGCGUUCAGAAUGAGUGGCGGCAUCUCUGAGGUAGACUCAAGCAGCACUUGCUCACAAGAGCAAACUUCGAUUUCAAAUGACUCGGACGUAUUCAGCACUGAAGACUCCAUCAGUAGUGCAGACUCAGACAGCAAGAUCUAUGUUAAUCUUGCUGAAGUCCGCUCCAGUUUGACCCCUACGAAGACCCUGCAGAGUGUGAGUGAAGCACUAAUGGCAGAUCAAGGGAAGGCACCUGAAACGAAGUACCACGAUGACUCACAGCCGCCCCCACUUCCGAAAAAGACCCUCAACAGGACAAACUCAGCUCCAGGAGGGGCUCUGGUGGGCUCCUCGAUGUCCAAGAGUCUGCCUUGUUCCCCUGGAUUUCAGAUAUCCAACCCACUCUACGGCAUCUAUGAAGGGAAGAUGAUACUUCGGAAUAAAACGAGCUUCAGUACCCCGAGUAGUCCACUGAGCACGGAAGAAAAAUUCAGUGCGUUCAACAGAAGAUCAGUAAUGGUGAAAGCUCGGAGUCUGGAUGGGGUCCCCAGUUAUGUUCCUCAGGUGGAUAUGGAGAAAUUGACCUUCCAAAUGUCGGAUCUGGAACUAUGGCACUGGAUUAACUUUGAAAGUCAGGAGGACAUUUUCAGGAAACUCGCCUACCGGUGCAUGAUGUCCCUGAGAGGUAUUUCUGCCAAGUACGCCAGUUUUUUUGUGAAAGGGGAUAAAUCCAUGCUAAUGUUCAGUGAAAGCAACUGGCCCGAUUUCAAGCUGUCGUUCGACAAGCCUUGCUGUUACUCUCGAGAUGCUGUCUACUACAGAGCCCAGUACAAUCAGGAUCCACAAGAAGAGCUCACGUUAAAGGUCUCCAAAACUCUGAACGAAGAAUCUCCGGAGAUGGAACCAAGUGGUCUCUCAGUACAGAAAAGUCUCCCUGUCCACUUCAAUGUGCAACAGGUGCGAGGACACUUUGUGGCCACAAUUCCAACAAACCUCUCACCUGCAGAAGAUGCAGCCAAACACAGCAAUGCUUCAGAGACAGAAGUAGCUAACGACGAGCCCAGCGCUUCGACCGAUAACACUGAGGCUAAUUCAGAGAGCAACGUGAAUAGUAGGCGCCAGCACGUGAUCAUCAUGCAGGAGACCCCCCACCAAACCAUGGCCGACUUUGUGAACGAGUCGGCGUCCAUUCAUGAGUCCCAGGCGGACGUUUACGAACGCCACAUAUGCCUCCUCCUUCUGCAGCUGUGCCUCGGGUUGGAGCACCUGAAAAGCCACGGAGUUACACAUUGUGACCUCCGCCUGGAAAACCUGCUGCUGGUUGAGGGGGCAGGCCAGACAUCUGAUCCAGGAAGCCAAGCGCAGAGUGGCAGCUUCCACCUACCGCAGCUUAUUAUCAGCAAUUUUUCCAAAGCAAAACAGAAGAGUGCUGCAGCUGACCAAAGGCUCCACCCAGACCAAGCCCGUCUGGCUCCUGAGAUGUCCUCAUCGCAGUACAAAAUGGUGGACGAAUUCCAGCUGGGCAUCCUCAUCUAUGAGGUCCUUCACAUGUCAAAUCCCUUCGAGAACAUGGUACGGCAGCAAGAAGACCACGAGUACAGUACAAGUGACCUGCCUCAGAUCCGUCCGCGAUCCACCUACUCAGAGGGGCUCCAGCACCUCGCCCACCUGCUCCUGCGCGCUGACCCCAACAAGAGAAUUCACAUCCGUCAGGCCAAGGGCAUCUUACAAGCCUUGCUGUGGGGUCCGUGCAGCAAGCUGUUCAGCGUGCACACUGGCCUCAAAGACCCACCAAAUGUGCUGAAGAACUGGCUGGACGUGAAACGCAUCCUGCUGGCAUUGAAGUUCAGCGAAGGCUUUUGCGACGAGCAGAAACGGGUGACGUUGGAAGACUGGCUCUGCUGUCAGUACUUUGCCCUCACUUCCCCCGAAUCAGUGUAUCAGGCAGUGGAAGAACUUCAGAUUCUAUUGGAAGAGGCAUGCUGAAUAAGGAAAUUAACCUUCCUGACUGACACAGUUUUAACCCCAUACACUAGACUUCCUUUCAGUCUUACAUUGAAUGGUUUCAGAUUACACUGUUAUGGAUAAAGGAUUUAGAUUAAGCUUUGUUUGCUCACCAUUGUCUGAUAAAAAUGAUAAAUUUGAGUGAUGUACUUUAAUCGAUUCAGUCGUAGUGGUAGCCCUGAGGAUUUAGCGACCACCUUGUGUGAUUCUGAACCAUCAGAUCAGCAAAGAAGCAAGGUUCACUGAGUCGGUUGAGCUUGGAGUCCCUUGAGGCCCUGCAAUGGUCAGUGCUGGCCAUGGGUGCUGCGUCCCAGAUGUCUAUGUGAUAUGCAAGCCAGGGCAGUAUGAUACGGGGAGCAAGCUGUUGCCCGUGCAGCAACCUCCCCCUCUCCACUCAGCUGAUGAACCCAAAGCAAUGGCAGAGCCAAAACUAUUUGGCACCACCGGCAUCGCCAGAUUGCCAUUCUGUGUUGAACUCAAUGUCGGACUGCCUUAGGGACUCCUGCUCUGGAUUUUUCCUCAGGGUUUACUCCCAAAGACUUCCACAUGAGUGGUACAGCCGCAAGGCUGCGGAAGUUUGAGAUCAGAGUUUUCCUUCUAGAUGAGCUGCCAACCAUGGCUGUCGAACCCCAUCUGCCUGUAACCCACCUUUGCCCCUUCUCAUGUUAGUAAAAACCCCGCCGGGAUUGGUAGCUAAGCCACACAUGACAGCCAGGAGCUGGGCUGGUUGUCAGAGGCUGCUUGGGACGCAUGCCAUUGGGAGAAUUUAAUAGGUGGUGGGAGCUUAUCCCCGCUACCUCUGAUGCACCAUCAAUAACUCUCGGUUAAGGUAGGCUUUUAUUGGCUGGAAGAAAGCACAAGCAGCAAGUGACCACCACACAACAUCCUGGAGACUGAGGGAGGAGCAGUGCCUCCAAUCGCCUUUAUACAGGGGUCUGUGGGAGGAGCCACACUGUAGCAUUCUCCCUCUCCGCCUGUCCAUUUCCCCGGGGAUUAUAGCUCGUGGUCCUACUA